AUGGUGAAGCUGUUCUUUGUCGAAAGCUCCCCAACAGCUCGAUCCCGCAAGGACACUGCGGCGCAACAAGCUAAGAUAAGAUCCCACGCGGCCAUCGCUGGCCACCACAGCAAAGCCCGGCUCCGGACGCAGAUUUCCGAGCCAUCAUCAUCAAUCAACUCGCCGUCCUCACCAGCUUCAUCCUUUGAUGGUGCCUCCAUCAUAACGGCGCCCUCGCCGGCCUCUAGCAUCGGAAUCGAUUUCGGCGUCUCCAAAUUCUCAAUCAAAUCCAGAUCGUACGGGGAUAGCGAGGAGGAAUCAUCGGAUAGCUCUCCUGGCUCAAAGUUCUAUACCACAUCCCCAACACCGACUUCGUCGUCUUUACUGCUGGGCGCAGGGCCAUGCUUUCAUGGGACGAGGACUGACCCCUUCAACUGUAUAUCGACCGAUCACCCCCACCUCCUUGCGGCUUCCGUUGACUAUUUCUCGGGAGUCACGGUUCCGGCUCAUUCGGCUCUCUACGAGCUCUUCGACAUCACCAAUAUCUACAAUGGGUAUUGGUUCGAGUUGAUGUCGGAUCCAGACUUCGCCUACUCGGGCGUAUGCCUUACUCUGAGAGUGCGAGAGUUAUCAUGUGACUCGAAUGCGAAGCCUUCGGAGGAAGUCCUCCUUGCGCUGGGCAUCGCCCUGUCACGGUUGAGAAAGAGGAUCGCCAACACAGGCAACGUAGUCGAUGACAUCUCUGUCACAGCCGUGUCCUUCAUGGCUGCAAUCGCCAAGGCCAUCGGGGACUCUUCGACGCAUCAAAAACAUAAACAGGCGCUGAAGUAUAUGGUCAAGGCACGGGGCGGGCUUGACAAACUGGGCCACGAUGGCAUGGACAAAUGUCUUCUGUUGCAACGUGAAGGCUUCUGGUCCAUUGCGGACGGCAGCACCAUCUUUGGCGAUGAACGCGAGAACAUCGUGUCGAUAUACCCUAAGAUGCCUCUGUCGGGGGUCAAUCUCGAAAUGACCAUGUCGAUUCCCCUUGGGUUCAGGGACCUCGCGCAUCUGGGAAAAUUGUCAGUGCAAGUGCUGGAGGUGUUGGUACGUACGCAGCAGAAGGCACAGAUGGAAAAAACUCUGGGUUCGGCGCAACGAUUACCGGAGCUUUUCAAGACACAUAAACGACGCUACUCGGAUUUCCACGAGGCUUGCCCUUGUCUUAGUGAGCCUGACGUGGACGGAGGAGCUAGCAUUGAGAAACUUUCGGUCCUCGCCGUCAUCAUAUACUGCAGCACCAUCUUCACGCCCACUCGGAGUACCACGGUUCUGUAUGAUACGUGUCGCAAGAGACUUCAAAGCGAUAUUGCGACGAUCAAACCAGAUAGCGCGGCUGAAGCGGUGUGUCUGACCUGGGUGGCCGCCAUGCUCGUAUGGUCGUGGACUACGGUCAGUGGUCAGUUGACGCAACAUGGCAUAUCGUGUCUAGCGAAGCUCAAGACGACGAUUCUACGUGAUAUUGAAUGGACGGAGCUUGAGAGUAUCCUUGGCAACUUCUUCUGGUCGGAGAAGAUGUCGAAGAGUCUGGAAGUGCAUUAUCUCGCUCUUGACACGGGAUGA